UAGGCCAAGCAAGUCCAAGCAAGAAACCAACGAAAAUGGCCCACCAAUUAAGUAUCCUCUGCUGCGCACUUCUGGGUGUGGCUGCUGCCAGCUACAUCCCUCAUGGUGGAUAUAGUCACGAACACGGCGUGGGCUACAGCAUCCAGACGCAUCACGAGGCGCCCAAGCAGUGGCAGGAUCACCACCAGGCUCACCACCAAUGGGUGGAUGCCCCGAAGGCCCACUCUUGGGGCGCAGUUCAGGAUCACCACCACCAGCAGUGGGCUCCAGUCGCUGCGCACGAUAGCCACCACCAGUGGAGCCACCACGAGGAGCCCAAACACCAUCCCAAAUACGAAUUCAAUUACGGGGUGAAGGACACCAAGACCGGCGACAUCAAGCAGCAGUGGGAGACACGCGAUGGCGACAAGGUCAAGGGAGGCUACACCAUGAAGGAGGCCGACGGACGCACCAGGAUCGUUGAGUACACCGCCGACGCGCACAACGGAUUCCAGGCAACCGUGAAGCAUGUGGGACACGCCAGUCACUUGGAGCACAACUCCCACUCCCAUGGCCAGCAGUACGGACAUGGGCAUGGUCAUGCCACCAGCUACGUGGAUGUCAAACAGGACACCAGCAGCAAGUGGGAGGACAAGAGCAGCAAGUGGUGGUAGAGGAGCUGACCAAACCGACUGACUGCAAGCGAUUCGGACCGAUCUAA